AUGCCACCGCCGGCUUAUGAGUUCCGAGGCGGUAAUCACCGGCCGUCACACCCCAGGCAUGAAUUUACUUUUCGCUAUCAGCGUCCCGGUACGUCCGAACGGCCGCUCUUGAGGUCGCGGCGGGAGGUGACUCCGGAGCAGUUCAUCGCGCCCGAGGCCGGGAAUGAGAAACCGGCGAUGAAAUAUGCCCGAAUCGAGAAUCUGAGCGAUAGCGAGGAAGCGGAAAUGGAGGUGUCGUCGGACGAUGAGGAAUCACACCCACGCAAGAAACGCGCAUUGGAGAACAACACAUCGACUGCAGAUGCGCCUGUCGAGUCUAAACCUGUGCCAAAAUGGUCCAACCCUGAUCCGUACACUGCACUACCGCCUCCGGAUGAAAGCCAAACCAAAAAGAUAGAUGUGGUGAAAUUAAUUCGGAAAGCCCGUCUUGCAGUUAGUGCGCAGCCUGCGAAGACGGAUGCUGUCGUCUCAAAUGAGGAUUUUAUCUCUUUAGCUGGUCUGGUGGACGAUGACGAAACGGAUAAAGCACCAGAGAAUGCACCAAAGGGACCCAGGCGUCAUUUGGAAGGAGGCGAUCCAGCACUCGGAAACCGGAAGCGAACGCAUGACGACGAGAUAAAGGGACCAGCCAAGAUGGGCGGAAAACCGGUGAGUCGGUACUACAACGACGGUUCGAUUAUCGAUGAAUGGAAACUGCGCCCUUCUGAAACGGGAACUCCUUGGUUGAGUCUAAUGCCGCCAACUCUACAUCUGGGCACAAGGCUCCAUGAUGAGAUUUUGAGCUUUUACCACUGGGUAAAACCUGUAAGGUACGAGCACAUUGUGCGGCAAGAUCUAGUGGCGAGGCUCCAGGCCGCCUUUCAGAGUCGCUAUUAUGGUGUGGAAAUCCAUGCAUUCGGCUCGUUCGCCUCUGGACUGUAUCUUCCCAAUGCCGAUAUCGAUCUUGUCCUCCUCUCCACUAGUUUCAGGCGCACCGGCGUCAAGACGUUUGGCGAGAGAAAGGGUCAGAUCUAUGCAUUUUCUGCCUUCCUCAAAAAUCAGAAUAUUGCCGUUCCCGGCUCCGUUGAAACAAUUGCACAUGCUCGGGUUCCGAUUCUGAAGUUUGUGGAUAAGUUGACGGGACUGAAGGUGGAUUUAUCAUUUGAUAACGACAGCGGGCUCAUAGCAAACAGGACGUUUCAGCAAUGGAAAUCAGAGUACCCUGCGAUGCCUGUUAUCGUGUCGGUGAUCAAACAAUUUCUUCUUCUUAGGGGUCUCAAUGAGGUUCCCACCCUUGGCUUGGGAGGUUUCUCUAUUACCUGUCUUGUUACCAGCCUUCUGCAACACAUGCCCCACGGUAACCUCUAUCCAAACCUGGGUAGUGUCCUUAUGGACUUUUUCCAAUUCUACGGUAAUAAUUUUGACUACGAAACUGUUGGGAUUCGUAUGAACCCUCCUGGCUACUUCAACAAAAGGGUUUAUGGGGUCUACAAAGCUAACAAUGGGGCCCGUCUUUCUAUUGAGGACCCAAACAAUCCCGAUAAUGACAUAUCUGGCGGCACUCGUGAAAUUGCGUUGAUCUUCAAGUCUUUCGCAGAUGCAUUCCGGUUACUCAAGGACCGGCUGGUUUCCGCGGCGAUAUCUGGGAAGACCAACGAAAGUAUCUUGGGUGCCAUCAUUGCGGCGAAUUUUGAUGAGUACACAGAGCUUCGAUGGCAGCUUCGUGAGGUUUUCGAAAACGACCCCAGGUUCGCACAAUAUCGCAAACCACCCACGCCGCCACCACCUCCUUACAGUCCUCCGCCUCCGAAUCAGCCCGCGCCGCCGCCUCCGUCAGAGACUCAUCCUCUCCCGGCAAAGCCUUCAUCAGGCGGUAGAAAGACCAAGGAGACAAAGGAGCCCAAGGAGAAAUUGACGAAACUGCAGAAGAAGAAGCAAGCGUCAAAAGACCGAGCUGCUCGGCUGAAGCGACUUCGUCCUGACCUAGAGAACAUUCCAUCCUCCAUCAGCAAUGAUGAAGCACUCAAACUUGGCGGAUAUAAGACACAGUCCGACAUGGACAAGGACCUCAUAAUGCGCGAGAAAGGGCUCAUCGCGGUCAGCUAAAUCUAGCAGUUAAGUGAU